AUACAGCAGCAGAGUAAAAUGCAAACAGAGAGCACACAGGCAGAGCUCUAUGAGACUAUGUUGAACGUCACUGAGACACACUCUUUUAAUUGUCCCAUGUCCAAGCAGCUCCCUGUCACCACCUCUACGCCAUUGUGUCACACAUGACAGUGGCAGGACACAGGCCCUCAUAGGGUUCGUCUGGCUCAGAAAUGGAAUGUCACUGCACUGAAAAGUCAUCAAUGUCCCCAUUUGUCAUGUGAUACAGCAUCAUGCUGGCCCUGCUGCCUCCUUUAGUGACAGAGCUUUGAUGUGUGUGUGUGUGUGUGUGUGUGUGUGUGUGUGUGUGUGUGUGUGUGACUCUUAUUCAGGGGUUAGCGGGGCUGAAUGUACUCCAGCAGUGUGCGCUUCAGUAGCUUGUCAGAUCAGAGCGGUUCUUAUAGGAGACUGUCCUGUCACGAUAUCUGGUGCAUGCUGCUUCUUAUAAUAAUAAUAAUAAUAAUAGAUUUAUUUUAUAUAGCGCUUUUCAUUACAAAGAUCAUCUCAAAUAUGCUGUAAAUACAAACUAAACAAAUGUAGAAAUGUGGCAGGUCUUGGUGAUGGUCUUCCACAGAUGAUCCGGUGUGUUCAGCCAGGCAGUUAAGAAAAGCUGGGCAGUAGCGUAAGCGGAUGGACCUUCGAUGGCACUGAGAGGGAGCGGAGUCAUUCAGAAAUAUAGGCCAAUCUGAGGCCACCGAUUUGGAUGGUCAUGGCUAGAUGGGAUACAGAUGUCAAAUUGACGUCAAACGUUUUUGUUUUUUGCAUUUUCGCUAACCAUAACUCUUUUCCUAAGAUGAACCUAAUUCUCCUAGCUUGCUAUGUUAAUUCUCCUAACCUGCUGCGUAAAUUCUCCUGACCUGCUACUUAAAGUACAUUCUGGUAAAUUCUGACAUAAGCUGUAUCCCAGGGGUAGGCAACCCUGUUGCUUGAGUACUGCAGGAUUUUGUUCCCAACUAGGCACUACACCUGACCAACAGCUAAUUGAUCAGUGAAGUGAUUGCCUAAAUUCAAACACAACUGGUCUUCCCGUUUGGUUAAAUCAAAAACAUGAAGUGGCUGCUGCACUCCAGGACCAAUGUUGCCUACCCUUUCUGUAUCCCUUCUAGCCUAUUUACUGCCAACUGCAGUUAUGGGAUGUUUGCUCAUGAGUAUAGUUCAUUGGCUGAUCCCUCCUGGUGACCUGGAUGGAGGUACUGUAUGUGAUCCUUCACAACCCAUAGGAAGUCCCACCCAGUUGACUUCUUCUAAUGGUGAAAGUCCCCAAUGGUGCUGCCCAUGCUGAAACGGGCUUUUGGCAUUAGAGUCCUCUGUCUAUGGGGUUUACUUGCUUUCGUGAUAAACAGGAGGGGGAGGGAUUUACCGCGUACAAAGGCCUGUGUGCCGCUCUAAAAUUUCCGUCUGGAAACCACCUCCUUCCAUGUAAUCGCUGGCUGUCAUUCGUCCAAGCAGAGCCAGCCGGUGCGAUCGUGGCACAGACGGACGGAGUGGAGCAAGCGACUUCUGUAUGUAAAUUAACAUUUCAAACGCGAUAUUGUCACUUGAGUAUUGUAGCAAACACUCCGCAACCGAUGUCUCCAUUUUUACGAGGAAACUGAUGCUAGCGAGAAAUAAUCGUUGUUUUUGCUAUCGUUUUAUAUAGUGCUGUUUCUUACUACGAGGGAGAGGAGGCUGGACCUGAGGGAAUGUUGAGGCAGCCCACAGCUUAGAGGAUGGAGAGUGUCUGAGAGGAAGAAAGAGGAUGCAAGACGGGCUGGCAAGAAAGUGCCUCACCACCGCCACCUCUUGACCAUGCUGAGUGUGUGUACAGUCGUCCUGGUGGUUGCUGCUGCAGCCCUCGCCUCUGCAGACUCCGACAGACACGACUCCAACCUGGAGAUCUACAAGCGUCUGUUCGAGACCAAGAGGAAAGACCAGCUAAAUGCUCUGAAGAACCUGGUGGAGCUCAAUGACAUCAACCAGCAGUAUAAGAUCAUAGACAUCAUGCUGAAGGGCUUGUUUAAGGUGUUGGAGGACUCGAAGGCCGUCCUUAUCGCAGCCAACAUGCAGGCUGAUGAUCCCUUCCCCAUGGAUGACAAAAUCAAAGAAGCCUACUCCCAUGUGGUGGAGAACACGGCGUUCUUUGGGGACGUGGCGUUGCGUUUCCCACGUAUCGUCCACCACUACUACGACCGUAACCCAGACUGGGGCGGCCUUCUGCGAUGGGGGCUCCGCUUCUGCAACCUGACUGGGGUGUUCACCGGGGGGGCACACCAGCAUGUUCUCUCACUGAUGUCGCAGGAGUUAGGAAUAAUAGAGAAAUCCCCAGCCUUCACCAACCCAUACCGCACUGAGAGAGACGACGUGCUUCACACUGCGGAGGCUUUUCAGAAGAUCCUGAGGGAGGAGGAGAAGAGGAGGAGGAAAGAGGACAAGAGGAAAGAGAUUAGGAAGGGGCCCCGCAUCUCCCGCUCCCGUACUGAGCUAUAGUACUUUACCUCAACUCUUGGAGAGAAAUGAUGAGGAGAAGGAAAAUGUAGGGGGAUGUCCUGAGUCCUAGAUUCAGUGAUGGAGAGGUUGGGUCUUGGAACCGGUGAGUUCUGUCGAAGGGAUAGAGUGGCAGCAGAACAUUUGAGAGGGAACUAGAAGUGUUUAUGUGGCACAGGAACAAACUGGAGAGAAGGAAUCUGACUUACUGUAUACAGAACUGUGCCCAAUCUGCAGUUAUUAUGAAACAAAGAACAUACAGCUAGCACUAUGUUGAAGAUUUAAUAAGGAAAGAUCAUUUUCAUAAAUAGAUUACAUAACUGUACUUUGGAAGAAACAGCAAAUACCCAAUAUGUUAUAUUUUUUUGUGAAUAGAUUGAAUACAAUUUACUACCAUACAAUUGUUUUGAUGAUGGCAUUUGUACGUAUGAGUUUACAUUCCCAUUCAACAAGCCUCAAAAUAUAAAGCUCGAAUAUGUUGAAUUGUGUUUUGUGUUUAAGUUUUCCUGUCACCUUCUCCAGAGUUAGCACAUUUAUAUAAUGAGAUUUUCAUGAGUUUGUUGAAUGGUCCUACUCUAGGUGUAUCCUCUUGAUUUGCGGUAUAAGUGUUGAUCGCAGAACCAUUUUUCAUGAUGUCUGCCACUUGCUUUCCUAGAGCCGAAUGCUUUCUUAGCUCUGUCUGUGUGUGACUGUCCGCAUGAGUGUUAAAUGGGGUUUGGUCACUUAUGAUUUUAAAUAAAACUAUUUUACAUAUUAUUUUGUCUACAAUCAGGGAGGGAUAAUGUCUUAGCACUGUGUCUUUUGGCAACCACUCAUCAGCAUAAACUUCUAUGUCACAUUUGUUUCUGUCCAUCUGAUGGCCAUAAUGAAAUGUCAGAACAGCGGUCCCCUAGAACAAUGCCUUUUAAAAAAUAUAUAUUUUGGCAUAUCUAGGGAAGAUCUCAAUUCCAUUCUUCUCCUGUCCUGUCUCCUCAAAAUCCAUUCAAGCAGAAAUCCCUCCUCUCUGACCACCUAUGGGUUUUGGGAAAGCCAGAGGAUGCGAGGAUGUUUUGUUGCCUCUGACAUUUUGAGGUAAAUUGUCUCAUUUUAAUGCAAAUAAGUUAUAUUCAAUAUACAGAGAUGACUGAUUUAUGUUUUGUUAAUGUGACUAUUUAUGUAUGUUCAGAGCAGUGCAGGCUGGUGGGAGGAGCUAAAGGAUGGGCUCAUUUUAAUGGGUGGGAGUUCAUGGAACGGAGUUAACAUAGGUAGGUUUGUGUUGAAUUCCAGCCAUUUUAAUGAGCAUGCCCUCCUAUAGCUCAUCCCACCAGUCUCCUCUGGUUCAGAUUAAGCGUCUCAUUGCUGAGAAUUUACUAUCUAGAUUUACCAUACAUUGGUUAAGUUUAAUCAAAUUAAAUUACUAUUAAUCAUACUUGUUCAUUUGAAAUAAUUACAAAUGAAUCACUCAAUCGUUGAGGAUUACGAUAAAAGUCAAUGUAAUGAAAUCAGAAUGCGGAACAUCUGCCACUAGACGGCGCCAAAGGUGUGCAAUCGACAGUCAUGAAGUGUCCCCCCCCCCCACUAGUUGGUUAUACUCAUUGGACUGUUGCGGAACAGAGUCAUCUAUCUCUACCAUAAACACUUCACCAACGCAACACAACAAACCCGAAUGUAGACUUGAAGCUUAAUCAGACAGAGAUCAAUCAUGUCUAAUUUCGUGGAAUCGGGAAGGAGAAGAGGGGAGGGAAAAGACCUAGAUGACUUUUCGGAGAGCAAGGAGGAGAAUGUGUCCUUAGCCACAGAGCUCUGUCUUGUCCUGAUCGGAAAGACAGGAUCAGGGAAGAGUGCCUCUGGGAACACCAUCCUGGGCCGCAGGCACUUCCUGUCAGAGCUCCGUGCCAGCUCAGUCACCCAAGUCUGUGAACAAGGCAGCGCAGACCUGACUGAGGAGGAGGAAGGACAAAAGGUCAGGAGGAAGAGGACAAGAGUGGUGGUUUUGGAGACACACGCUUCGAUGCUGAGCAGACUCAUUCUGAAAUAGCCAAGUGUGUGGCACUGUCUGCCCCGGGCCCCCAUGCAUUCCUCCUGGUGAUCCCACUGGGACGCUACACUGAGGAUGAGGACCGAGCCAUGUGGGAGAUGGUCCAUAUAUUUGGGGAGGGGGCAGUCCAUGACCACACACUAGUCCUGUUCACUCGUGCUGAUGACCUAGAAGGUAGGGGGAUGGAGGGGUACCUCGGAGCCAGCGCCCCGGUGGAGCUGAAGACUCUGAUAGAGAGAUGUGGGGGCAGGUACCACGUCUUCAACAACAGAGACCCAAGUGACCUGCACCAGGUUGUAGGGCUGCUGGAGAAGGUGGAGAGGAUUGUGGAAGAGAACAAUGGAGGCUUCUACACCAACUCUAUGUUCAGAGAGGCUGAGGCUGCCAUUAGGAAGGAGCAGGAGAGGAUGGCGAGAGAGAGAGGGGAGGGAGAAGGCAGGGAGAACAAGAUGGCCAAAAGACGGAAGUGUGAUCUAGAACGGCGUGAGAGUGGGUGGGAUGAGAGGAGGGGGGCAGCUGUGGGAGGUUCAGGAUUAAGGAAGAGAGACCUGGAGAGAGGAGGAGUAAAUGAGGAGGGAUGGAACGUGGAGAGAUGGACAGAGGAGAGGAAAGGAAGUGCUGCUAGCCUCCCGAGGGACAGAGGGGACAGGUGAAGGGAGCUGUUCAGGACCAGGCAGCGGGGCAGCGACAGGGCCUUGAGUAGGAGGCAGUCUUUCCUCUCUGCCCUGGGGCAGUUCAGGAGAGAGGCUGCCCUUUCUGAGAAGGUCCUAGAGAAAGUGAAGAUCCUGGUGGCUGCUGGAGCCACUGGCAUGGUCGUGGGGGCAGUGUUCGGGGCGGCUGCCCCUCUAGCUGCAGCGGCGGGAGCUGCAGCCAUGGGGAACACUGUGGGCUUUGCUGCUGGGCAACUGGCUGGGAUGUCGGUGGCAGGCGGCACAGGGAUGGGAAAAGCUGUGGGCGCCAUAUUGGCAGCAGCCACAGGGAAAACAGCCAUGGCUCUCGGGGCAGCGACCGGAGGAGUGCUGGGGUGGAUCUGUGGGUGCCCUAGCUGGGGCAGAAGCUGCCAGUCCUGGGGCAGCUGCAUUGGAUGCUCAAGGGCAGGUGAGCCUGAUUGGGACUGCAGCAGUAGGAGUUGCAGCAGGGGUGGGGGGUGCCAUGGGGGCAGGAGCGGCCCUGGGGGCUGCUCUGGAAGGUGCAGCUGUCAGCACAACUGCCCUGACAGGGGAGGGCACCGCAGCAGGGGCAGUAGGUGUGGCUAAUGCUACUACUAUUGGCUCAGUAGCAGUUGGGCAGCAAGCUGUGGCCACUGGGGGCAGUGUUGCAGCUCAAGCUGUUCAGUGUGCAGCCACCGCUGUGGCAGAUAUGGGGUGGCUGCGAGUGGGCCUCUGAUUCAGACCGGUGGGGUGUGUGGAUCUGCAGGGCGGGUUGUUCCUGGUGCCUGGAACAACAUGCAUGCAGCAUGCAUUAUGACAGCGGUGGCAGAGAUAGGCAAGGCUGCAGCGGGAAUUGCCCUGGCAGGAGGGCUGGUGGUGAAGGUUGUGAAGGAGAGGCUCAGGAACAGGAACAGCAACAGCUGAGCAGACACCAACUACACAGAGAAGAAGUCCUAUGAGAUCUACUGGAACAAAUAAAGGACAGUUAGGCCUGCCAUACCACCAGACCACAGAAGAAAAAGACACUCUCAGGACCUUUCAAAAUGUGGAUUCAGGUUCAAUCAUUAAGCAACUUAUCACAAUUAUCAAUAAAAGCACGUUGCAAGUCUUUGUUCCUUUCACUGGCAGUGGAUGGUGUGAUUUCCUCUAUUCCCUGUUAAUAAACUAUAACUCUUCUGCAGUGAAGUGUCUUCCCACAAUAUUACUGAACUAUCGUUUUAGCUUUGUUCAAGCACUUAUUGUGGUUAUUUGAGCUUUUUGGUAUGCACUUACACCAUUUGUAUGAUUACUUGUGAUCCUAUAGUUAUUUUUAAUUCAUUAUAGAAUAUGGGUUUCCACUGUAUUCAAUCAAAUUAGUAGUUAACUGUCUUUCAUUAAAACAGUAAUCUAUUUCUGUAUGCAGAUUUUCAUAAAUCCACCAAUAUAAUCUACGACUAAGGGUCCAGUAUUAUAAAACAUGUUUUUUAGCUCUUAUUCACAACUGAAAUGAUGUACUGUAUGACACACAUUCACAUGAUGUAUUCAGUCGCGGUGUUGUGGCUUUUUGAAGGGGAAAGGAUUGAAAUGCAUAAUAAAAUGAAAUCUGAUAAUGUC